UCACCAUGGGAGAUGGACUGGAGGCGGGCAGGAGCCAGACUCCUCCCACAGCGCCGCCUCCUCUCUCCUGCAACCCCCCUGCUCCCGAAACAUGGAACCCCUCCCGACCCAGGCGGCAGACCAAUCAGCUACAGUACCUGUUGAAAGGGGUGUUGAAGGCUUUAUGGAAACACCACUUCGCAUGGCCCUUCCAAGCUCCCGUAGACGCCAUCAAACUCAACCUGCCUGACUACUAUAAGAUCAUCAAGACCCCCAUGGAUAUGGGCACUAUCAAGAAACGUUUGGAAAAUAGCUACUACUGGAACGCCCUUGAGUGCAUACACGACUUCAAUACCAUGUUCACCAACUGCUACAUUUACAAUAAGCCUGGCGACGAUAUUGUGUUGAUGGCGGAGUCUCUGGAGAAGGCGUUCCUCAAUAAGAUCUCUGAGAUGCCCCAGGAGGAGACGGAGAUUGCCGUGGUUUCCAAAGGACGGCGCGGCAGUAGCCGGCGGGAGCCAGGUUUGACCAGACCAGACUCAGGGCAGGACUCCUCAUCCCCCUCCACCACUCCACACACACGAGACUACUCCUCCUCUUCCUCCACGCCCCACACCCGCGCCCCCCCUUUGACCCCCACUCCCCAGGGCCCUCCCAACCUCCCCCUGGCCCUCCCGUCCCACGGCCUGGCGCAGCCCCCUCGGGUGCCCCCUACCCCGCCCUCCCACGCCCCUCAGCUCGGACCCCCGUUCCCCCUGUCAACACUGGACAUCCUGGCCCAGGGACUGACCUCGGUCCCUCCUCCAGCCACCGCCCACACCACCGCUCUCUCAGGUCUCCACCCCAACCAGCUUCAGCAGAACCCCGCAGCUCCCAUCAAGCAGAGGAAGAGUCAAAAGAGAAAAGCCGACACCACCACGCCCACCGCCAACGACCAGCUCAGCGAGUCGUCCCCCGUCUCGUCCGCCGACCCGCGGCCCCGGCGCGAGGUCAGCCGGCCGCCCAAGCAGCCCAAGCGGGAGGCCCUGCAGCCCGACUCCCAGAACCACCUGGGCCUGGUGCUCGGCAUCGGGCUGGCGGGCACGGCGAGCCCCAAGAAGCAGGAGCAGCUGCGCUACUGCGCCGGCCUGGUCCGGGACAUGCUGUCCAAGAAGCACGGCGAGUACGCCUGGCCCUUCUACAAGCCCGUGGACGCGCGGGCCCUCAGCCUCCACGACUACCACGACAUCAUCAAGCACCCCAUGGACCUCUGCACCGUCAAGAACAAGCUGGAGGCCAGGCAGUACCGAGACGCCCAGGAGUUUGCGGCGGACGUCCGCCUGAUGUUCUCCAACUGUUAUAAAUACAACCCGCCGGAUCACGACGUGGUGGCCAUGGCACGCAAGUUACAGGAUGUGUUUGAGAUGCGCUUCGCCAAAAUGCCCGACGAGCCGACGGAGCCCGCGUUGGUGCCGGCCCCCUCGCCGGCCCCCCACCCGGCCCCCCACCCGGUCCACCACCCGGUCCACCACCCGGUCCACCACCCGGUACACCACCCGGCGCUCCACCCGGCGCUCCACCCCGCCCUCCUCCCCGCCCCCACCUCGCGUCAAGUCCUGCCGGCCACGCUGGCACGCCGGACCUCGAGCUCCUCCGACGCGGAGUCCUCGGCGGGCGAUUCGGAGCGCGAGCGGCAGCACCGGCUGGCCGAGCUACAGGAGCAGCUGAAGGCGGUCCACGAGCAGCUGGCUGCCCUCGCCCAGCCCCAGGUGAGCAAGCCCAGCAAGAAGAAGGAGAGGGAGAGGAAGGAGAAGGAGAAGGAGAAAGAGAAGGAGAAGGAGAAGGAAAAAGAGAAGGAGAAGAAGAAGGAGAAGCACAAGAAGAAGUCUGCACUGGAGGAAAUGGUGGAAGUCCCGCCGGCCGCCAUCCUCCAACCUCCCAAGAAGAGCAAGGUCUGCAAGGAGCCUGCCGUGGUGGGCAAGAAAGACCGGAAGAAGCCUGGUAAGAAAGAUGAGGUUAAGAACAGUCGUCUCGGGGUGCCCCCCCUGGCCGGCCCGACGCCUCUCGUCCCCUCUGCGUCUCUCGAGGCAGAAGACGACAUCGGUGUGUUCGGAGGCGGCUCGGGUGAGCGCUGCAAGCCCAUGUCGUACGAGGAGAAGCGCCAGCUGAGCUUGGACAUCAACAAACUCCCCGGGGACAAGCUGGGCCGUGUGGUGCACAUCAUCCAGUCCCGCGAGCCCUCGCUGAAGAACUCCAAUCCGGACGAGAUCGAGAUCGACUUUGAAACACUGAAGCCCUCCACGCUGAGGGAGUUGGAAAAAUACGUCUCCUGCAGCCUCAGGAAAAAGAAAAGGACAACAGCUGAGAAGGCCUUGGAGGUCUCGAAGGCGAAGACUGGCUCUUCCUCAUCGGCCAGCAGCGACUCCUCGGAGGACAGUGAAGACUCUGAACAUGGGCUGGUUCCCAAGCAGCAGCAGAAGCAGAAGAAGGCGGUGUUCACCAAGGAUACCAAAAGGCCUCACCACCCUUCCUUUAACAGCGUGGGUGGGCCCCCAGUGCCCCCCCAUCAGCCCCAGGCGGUCCAGUCCAAACCCCUGUUCUCCGCCCCUCCGGCCCUGCCCCUGCCCGUCCCCGCCCCCUCUUUGGACUCGUCGCAGCUGUUGGGGUCCGGGUUCGAUCCCCUGGCCCACUUUCUGAACCCUCACCUGGCCCAGUCCAAGCCGGAGCCCACCCCCACGGUUUCCACGGCAGGCGGCCCCGCACCCCCCGGGCCCCUCAACGCACAGGCUCACGCUGCCCCGCCCCCGGCAGAGACACACCCCUUCCUCAACCAACACACCAUCCUACCUUCACCAGCGCUCCACAACGCUCUUCCACAGCAGCCGUCGCGGCCUAGCCACCGCGCCGCGCCCCUCCCCCCCAAGAGCGCCCAGCAGCCCCCCGCCCCCGCCCCUAUCAUGCCCGCCAGCGCCGCCGCUCCCCUGCCCUCCUCCUCCUCCUCCUCCUCCGCACCCCCUCAUCCCUCGCUGCCCCUCGCCCUCCCCGAGCGGGCGCCCCCGCCGCCGCCGCCACCGCCGCACCUCCCCUCCCCCACCACGCACACCAUUCUGGGCACGCUGUCGGCGCAGCCCCCGCAGGCGCUGCUGGAGGACGACGAGGAGCCCGCGCCCGCCGGCCCCGCCAGCCCGCCCCCCUCGCUGCCCCUCAGCCAGAUGCACGUGUACCUGCAGUCGCUGCAGCCGCGGGCCCCCGCCCCGGGCCCCGCCCAGCCCCUCCACGGCCACGCCCACACGCCCGCGCAGGCCCCCCCGCACGCCACGCAGCCCGCCCACGCGCAGGCCGUCACGGCGGCGGCCCAGCGGAACGGCGCCGGCCACGGCCUCCUGCCGCAGUCGCUCAUGACCGCGGCCGGGCCCAAGGCCGCGGCGCUGCAGCAGAAACUGCAGCAGAUGCAGCAGCACCAGCGGCCGCAGUCGCCCUGCAUUAAGACGGAGCCUUACGCAGGGUCCCUGAGGGAGAGUCCGCCGUCUCUGAGGCUCCAUUCUCCCCAGAUGACUCCCCAGUUCCAUCCGGUGGGACAGCACUCGCCUGCGCAGACCAAGAAACACGAGCAGAGGUCCAAUCUGGUGGGGGGGGUGAAGGAGGAGAAGCUGUCCCAUUCUCCCGUCCUGCCGCCGUCGCCCUUCAGCCCCGCCCUGCGUCCGGACGCACACAAGAGCCUGGACGGCAGACCUCCUCACAACGUGAAGUCAUUGGACGGUUCCCGCCCAGGGUCCCGCCUCCCGCACUCCCCGAACCCGCCCACCUCGCAGCAUGAGGUCAAAGUCAAGCUGGAAUCUAAAACACAGAGCGCUCCCAAGAAGGCACAGGACACCAAGCUGAAGAACAUGGGCUCGUGGGCCAGCCUGAUCCAGCGGCCCCAGUCCACCACCUCCACCUCCUCCUUCCGCUCCUCCAGCGACAGCUUCGAGCAGUUCCGCCGUGUGGCGCUGGAGAAGGAGGAGCGGGAGAGGCAGCUGAAGGCGCAGGCUGAGCAGGCGCGCAGGGAGCAGGAGAAGCUGCGCAGCGGUAGCCGCGACGAUGAGGACACCGCGGAGCCGGCCCGCCGCUCGAAGGACGACACGCACCGCCGGCAGGAGCAACAGCCGUCACCGCUCGCCCCCACGCCGCCCGCCUCCACCCCUCCCACCCGCUCUCCGCAGCCCGCCCCCAGCCAGCCCCCGGCCACGCCCCCGGCCCCGCCCUCGGCUGCCGCGCAGACCGCCCUCGACCAGCAGAGGGAGAUGGCGCGGCGCCGGGAGCAGGAGCGGCGCAGGCGCGAAGCGAUGGCUGACACCAUUGACAUCAACUUCCAGAGCGAACUCAUGGCCAUUUUUGAAGAGAACCUGUUCUGAGGGCGAAGGCGCGCCGGACACUGGUGGCUUUUUUUUCUCAGUUCCUGGCGGAAAACAUGCAAAUAGACUUACUUCUACUACAUAUGCUCUAUCGCUGCUCACCUGUACACACGCACACGCACACACACACACACACACACACACACACACACACACACACCCGAUGGAGGCGGCCCCUUUCUCUCUCAGUAGGGGGGAUGACUAGCCAUGCGUCCUAUAUACGGGGGGCCGUGAAGCUAUAAAGCCCACCACCCUGAGGGCUGCCAGAUGCGUUUGUCUGGCUUGUGUACCCGGUUUAUUUUCGGGUUGUGCGCUUCCAGAUACGUCGACGAUAAGGACAGACGUGCACGGGAACCCUCCCGCCCCCUCGCGAUCUAAGUGAUGAAAUGAAGGGGGGGGGGGGGGCUGACCAAACAGAUGAACAAGACUUAAAUUGGGCAGAUUGCUAUGUUCUGUCUCUUUCCUUUUCUAAUCUUUGUCCCUUUUAUUUUUUUCCCCUUUCUAAUUUUUAUUUUACCCAGCUUAGGGUUUUAUGGUGUGGGGUCAGGGACGGUCUGGUUAAAGGGUUCCACCUGGAGAGGGUCCGGUUAAAGGGGUCCACCAGGGAGAGUCCACCAGGGAGGGUCCGGUUAAAGGGGUCCACCUUGGAGAGUCCACCAGGGAGGGUCUGGUUAAAGGGGUCCACCUGGGAGAGUCCACCUGGGAGGGUCACAUUAAAGGGGUCCACCUGGGAGAGUCCACCUGGGAGGGUCACAUUAAAGGGGUCCGCCUCGGAGGUCUCAGUAAGUGUCCUCUCAUAACAUCAUGAGAACCGACCCCAUCCCCCCCCAUGAACAUCACCUUGGCAAAGAGGCUUUCUUCCUCUCCCUCCCUCUUCCUCUGCCUCUGAAAGCCCCUCCCAUCAGUGGCGAAGGUUAUCAGAGGAUGGCCAGGGGAAGAGAGAACGGGGUGGGUUUAAAAAGGUGUGAGAAUGUGUCCUUUGCCUUAGAGCUUCGGCCUGUAAACUAAAAAGAAUUUCCCCCAGACAACUAUACAUUAUAAAUAUAUAUAUAAAUAGAUACAUGAAUAUAUAUUAUAUACGACAAAAAAAGAUCAGUUCAAAAAAAAAAAUAGAAAAAAAGAAAAGGAGGAACACCAGAAGAAUUAGAUUUGUUGUGAGCUAAGCUUUUCUGUGCUCAUCUCAGAGCUUUGGUUUUGGUUUUUUUCUAGAAUUUACUGUAAAGAUCAUUUGUAUGGUUCUACCGAAAGGAUUGUUUUUAUCUUACACUCGUUCUCUUGUAUGCUUUCCGUCUUUUUCUCAACUUUAUGCCAAAACCAAUCUAUUGAGUGCUGAAAAAGUGUAUUCAAAAUGUGUGUUACACAUAAAAUUCAUCCUCUUUUAACUUUAUAUUAAAGACAAUUUAAGGUUUUUGUUCUAUUUAAUUUGACCUCAUCCCUGUUUAAAAUCAUAUGCCUUUUUAAUGGGGGCGCCAUUGUUCAGUCAAGACAACAAACUACUGCACUUAGCUGUCUACUUAACUUCUGUUCUUUUCUUCUUAGAAUAUUUUAGCUUCACCGUAUUUAAGUUGCAUUUUUUUAAUAAGAUUGUAUGUUUCUGAGUCACAUCUUCAUCACCACUACCACCACAGCAACCAUGGUCGUAAGAGACUUCUUGAACUGUUUUCAUCCCUCAUUCAUGUUCGUUUUUUUAUUUUGUGUGUGUGCGCGUGUGUGUGCGUGUUUUAUGUCCAUGCUAUCAGUCAAGGAUUUCUGUGUGCCAUGUGUUUUUGGAAGGGAGGGGAUUUUAUCCCAUGUUAUUUUGGUUGGCCCAGACAUCCAUCAGUUUAUUUGGUUCUUUUGUUCUCAUUCUUUCAUUCAUUUAUUUUCCCUUUUCCCAUAUUUGAUCGUUUUGAGUCGCCCCUCCUUUGUAAAUGCUUUUUGAUUUUUGUUUCUUCUUUGAACAACAUGUGGUAUGUUAGUGUGGGAGGUAUUGAGGUCAAUAGAUUUAUUCUGUUUUGAUUAUGGAGUAAAACAUCUUUUUUUAAGAAAAGUAUUAAAAUAAUAUUUAAAAAUUACUUGUAUUUCCCUUUGUUGUUGUGGCUUUGGUAGAUUAAAUUCACACUAUCAAAGUUACUUUCAAAAUGAUUCAUAAAUGUUAACAUGAAGGCAUACAAACCCUAUUUAUUCAUAGUCAAAGAUUUGUGACUGAAUUGAAUUCUAAUAUAAAUAUACACCAUCGCAAUUACAAAGAAAGUUAAAAGACUGACAUACCAUUGCCUAUGUUUUAUGUUUACAUAAUUAUACAUCCUAUCUUACACAUGUGAUCUGGCUUGUAAAAAUACUGAUUCAUUAUGAUGAAAGUUUUACUUUAAGCCAGGAGAGGGAGCCAAUGAGCUGAUAAAUGUAUUAUCACGAAAUUGGCAAACGGGACCUCAAUAUAGGUACCGUGAUUCCUUUGCUGCUAUAUUUAAUCAGAGUAUCCCACACUUUUUGAAUAAUAUAAUAUUUUAAACGAUAGUUGGGUGGAACAGAGUAUACUGACAUCUGCUUCUUUAGAAGGGUUCAAACCUUUCCCACAGCUAUUUGGCGGACCACAACACAAACAUCACUGUAUUUGACUGUCAAAUAAGAUGAAUUGCCAUUGUGGUUUUGCAUGUCGCAUUAGCUUUAUAAUUGAGUGAAGUCAAGAAAAGGCCCUCAAACAUGAUGCAGGAGGCAGCAGUUCUCCAUAACGGCUGUUGUGGAGAAUGGAUCCUAACGAAAGUAUAACUUAAUUCUAUAACUCUUUACUUUAUUGCCAGUUUAAUAUGCUUUUUACAAAGUCACCUUGCAUCCAAAGUUAACUCCCUUCCUUUCUCAGAUCGAAAGGUGUUAUGUUUGUUUGCAUUUGCAUCACCACUGAUAACCUAUUGUGGUUUUACCUUUUGCCUCCUUAUAACAAACAUAAACCAGUGAGAACCCCUUUUUGGUCUGUGUUCCUUUGUAUCCUAGUGCCCAUUGUGACUAUGACACUCUGAACAUUCAUUGCCUCUUGGAAGACGCGUGGUUCUUGCUGCCUGUGUGUCUUUCCAUGAUCGCGCUCCAUUGAAUCAAACACUUGGCUGUAAACAAGUGUGCCAAAGGAAAUCAUUUUUCAUCAGAGCCAAUGAAAGACCAACCAGGGGCCGGACAAAGGGAAGUUUGGGUUUCCCUUGGCUUUGAAGGCCUCCUGGGCACUUGCUCAUUCUUCUUUGGAUGGCCUUUGUCUAAAGCUGGUAGUGGGAUACUACUUUUAUUCAGUGCUGUCGUGUCAGUUACAGUACAAUAUUGCAGGGACGUACUGCUCUGUGAUCAAACCAUCAGCGGAGCAGUGUCUCCUGGCUUCACUUAAACAGCCAUUAUAUCAUCUGGCAAAAUGAACUCCUUGUUACAAUUCUACCGAAGAGCAUUUAGCAUGUGCGUGACCUUCCAUGAACGCUAACCAAACUUCCAAAGGAAGGAAGUUUGACUGAGGGAAAGAGAAACAGCAAAGAUAGUUUGACCACUGACCAUUGAUGAUCUUAAAGUUUGUUAAGCGGAAGAGAAAGAAAAAAGUAUGUGGGCUAUGACUGAAGACCGCAACAAGAGCACCAUCCUCAACAUAAUGAAAACUAAUGUUCCUGUAAUAAAAAUAAAAUGUCCAAAACUGGAACAUCUUGCUGUUUG